UCAAACAACAAAGGCAGCCCCCGACAGUCAGGUGGCUACUGCUGCAGGGGAUGCAUGGGGUUGAAUGGAGCAGAGAUGCUCCCUGUACCCGGGACUAUUUAACCUUAAACUCUGUGACAAACCGUCCAAAUGCAGCAUAGCAGCCCCCUCCCCUUUAUACAAUAACCCCAAAGCCAUCGCCAAUGAAUAUUAACAGUUGAACUGGGCGUUUCCACUCAUGCUGAGAAAAUAUUUGUUUUUCCAAUUUACGACGGACUGGAAGAAGAUGCAAAGAAGGCAUAGUAGUAAUACAGAUAACGUUCCACCGGAGAGAUUAAGAAGUCAGACAGUUGGUUCAGAGACCAGCGUGGAUGAGAAUGGUGUUUUUGAAGGGCUCAAACCUGAAAGCCCAUCACCUCAGCAGAUGUUUGCUGGUUUGACUGGUCUUCAGGCAGGGCCAAUAAGUGCAGCUUCAUUCCAAUCUGGUCUAGUAUUGGGAUCCUCACUCGGUGCCUCAGUUGGAACUGGAGACGUGUUUAUUCAGAUGACCCCGCAGGAGGAAGGAGCCAUUCGCACAGAGAACAUGCAGUACCAUCACCGCCACAGGCAUCACCAUUAUCACCACAGCCACCACCGCUCCUCCCUGUUACAUGUUUCUGGUGAUCGCCAUGGCAAUGUGGAAGAUGGCAGUGAUGAGCCUGGAACGCCGGCCCCAGCACUGUCUGAGCUCAAAGCUGCCAUUGCAUGGCUUCAGAAGGGGCUUCCUUUUAUCUUGAUAUUACUGGCAAAAGUUUGCUUUCAGCAUAAGCUUGGGAUUGCUGUAUGCAUUGGAAUGGCUAGUACUUUUGCUUAUGCAAAUUUAACAGUGAAGCACCAAGUUUCUUUGAGAGAGAAAAGAUCAGUACUUACAGCCCUGUGGAUAUUGGUAUUCCUCAUAGGGAACACGGUGUUUUUGUAUUAUACUUUCAGCACCCAAGAGCUCUAUAAAAGUUUGAUAUUUCUGAAGACUAGUGUGGAAAGCAUGGAUUUCUUUGAUUUACUUUGGAUUGCAGGAAUCACAGACUUUGUCCUGAAAUACAUCACAAUUGGUUUCAAGUGUUUGGUCCUUAUUCUGCCCAGAAUUAUCUUAGCUUUCAAGACAAGGGGAUCUCUGUACCUUCUGAUAGAGGAAGUGAGCCAGUUACUGAGGUCUUUGAUUCCUAUCCAGCUGUGGUACAAGUGCAUCAUGGAAGGAGAAUCGACUAAUAGCUAUUUAUUGGAAGGAACCCUCAUUGUUCUGUAUAGUCUUUGCAAGUUCUUGGAUGUCUGUGGUCGAAUCGGUGGUUUGCGAAAGGCCUUGAAGAUCUUGUGUAAAUCACAGAGCUGCGGCGUGCGAGCGACCAGCCAGCAGUGCAGCGAAGCUGGGGAGAUCUGCCCGAUCUGCCAGGCAGAAUUUCGAGAACCUGUGAUGCUGGUUUGCCAGCACGUCUUCUGCGACGAGUGCGCCUGCCUGUGGUUCGACCGGGAGAGGAGCUGUCCAUUGUGCCGAACCUCUGUCACCGAAACCGUGCGCUGUUGGAAGGACGGGACCACCUCGGCGCACUUCCAGGUGUACUAAACCCCGAGUGAGAUCCAUGGUCAGCGCUCGCCGCCGACAAUACUGAAAGCUUCAGCAGCCCUGGGGAGAUGCGUGGAUUUGUCUGCGCGACAGCUGAAAUGGAGCUUAAUAUUAAGCGAAGAGCCUGCUUCUAACAUCUUCAAAUCGAUGCAUAGAUAUCUCGAGUCAUUCGCUGCUUUCUACAUUUAUGGUUUAAACAAUCAUUUUAAAGAACCAAUGGAAAUAUUUAUUCGUGCAUUUCAAUAUUAACCUUCACCUUGCAGUUGAAUGUUCCAUUAAACAUGUUUGGUCCCCAUUUGAUUGCUGUAGUUUGUAGAAGAUAAUCCUCCUUAAGUAUCCGUUUUCACUUAAAUCACAUUUGUGAUCAUUUAAAAGAUCUUGGAGCACUUCGCUGGUUAGUAAACAUUUAUUUAAAGGUUCAAGCGCGUUUUCAAUCAUUCUAUGAAACAACAGUCUAAAAACAUGACCCACAUUGUUCACGUGUAUUUACAGUAAGAACAACUUCUUAAAAACUCUUGUACACUUACAGUUGCAUGCAGUAGAAUCAGCGACUCUAUUCAACUGGUAUAAAAACCGUGGUAACAAAUGUUGCACUCCACAUUUUUAAAACAUGCAUUUUUUUUUAAAUUAACUCUGAUGUUCUGAUCAAUGGAGGCGGUGCAAAUGUCUUCGGUAUCUCUCCUCCGCAUUUCCAGUGGUUUGUUCAGCCCGGGUGUGGGCUGCGUUUCAGUCCAGAGCAAAGCCCCGACCUUUAUUGCAUCGGUUGAAUGACAGACCUGUCACCUGAAAAAUAGGAGGGGAGAAAAAAUCAUUUUGAUAUUGUUUACUAUAAUUGAAUAAAUGUUUCUGUCGCAAGA